AUGGAUAUUUCAGAAUUCAUCCCUAGCGCGGCAUCAUAUCAAGCACAGGCAGCACACCUAAUCAGCAAGUUCUUCGAAACCAACGAACUCACUACUCAACAAGAAUGCGACGAACAUGCAUCCAGCAUAGCCGACCAAGUCGUCAGCCCUACGACGCUCCAAGGGCAAAAGAGUUACACCGUCGUAGCAGCAGAUGAGUCAAUGGUGAUCCAAUUCCGCCCACCGGAUUGUCCUCUAGAAGUCCCUGAUAUGGAUAUGGGUCGAAUGACAUACGGUCGAAGAUUUGUGCCUGCAUGUGUAUUCCGCGAAUCAUGGCGUGGGUUGUUCGUAUAUGUGAUGGACGCAAUCCAAGGUGAAGCCUUUGCAAUAGUCAGGCAGGAUUUGUAUACCAAGGAGAAUAAGCAUAUUUUAUCCUCCACUAUGUCUGAUUAUUUUGCUUUCUUCGCCGUAUCCUGGACAAACCGACCUGCAACUCCUCCAGACGUCGACAUCAGGCAAAUCUACCAAGAAUACGACUCCCGUCUCUCAGCACUCAGUGAUACUGUGCCGCCGAAAUUCUACUCAAAGCUUAACACCGCACGAAACCAGCUCUGGAGAAUCUUUGACCCAUCCCACCCCAUUGUCUUUAACCACGGUAACCUCACAGACACUAACGUACACGUGGACAAGACAACCGGCCGCAUAACCGGUGUUAUAGAUUGGUCUGGAUCCCGCCUAGGUCCCUUUGGAACAUCACUUUACGGAGUAGAUAUAGCGUUGGGGAUCCAAUCCAUGAACGAAUGGCAUUGGCAUCCGAACCAUGUUGAACUUCGAAAACAGUUCUGGGAGACUUUGUCGAAUAUUGUAGGACCUUUGGGUGAUGAUCAGAUAUCGACGAUGAAGAUUGCUAGGUCGGUGGGGCUUUUUCUGACGUUUGGGUAUUGUAAUGGUGUUCCGGUUGAAGAUGAUGAUUCGAGAUUAGUAUACCUUGAUGCAUUUUUGGGUGUAGAGUAG